AUGAAAAUUAAUGGUCCAUUACCGGAAAAGAUUGAUUGGCGUACAGCAGGUGCUGUAACUAAAGUAAAAGAUCAGGGUAAUUGUGGAAGUUGUUGGGCAUUUAGUGCGGUUGGCGCAUUAGAAGGACAACAUUUUCUACGGACAGGUAAAUUGAUAGAACUUUCGGAGCAGAAUAUUGUCGAUUGUAGUGAUGAAACUUAUUCAAAUUUUGGAUGCGAUGGUGGUCUAAUGAUGGGUGCUUUUAAAUAUGUUGUAAAAAAUGAUGGAAUUGAUAGAGAAGAAUCAUAUCCUUAUGAUGGUUAUCAAGAUAUUUGCCGAUAUUCAAAUGAUACCCGUGGUACAACAGCAUAUGCUGGUAAAAUGUUACCUAGUGGUGAUGAAUUACAAUUAAAAGCAGCCGUUGCAAUAAUUGGACCAAUAUCUGUUGCUUUUGAUGCAUCAAUGACAAUAUUUUACAAAAGAGGUAUUUUAUCAAGCCCAAGUUGUACAGCAUUUGUAAAUCACGGUGUGCUUGCUGUUGGUUAUGGGACAGACGAAGUGAAAUUACGAAAUGGCACCAAAAAACGGAUGGAUUAUUGGCUCAUCAAAAAUAGCUGGAGUAAACAUUGGGGAAUGGGUGGAUAUCUUAAAUUGGGUCGAAAUCAGGAUAAUAUGUGCGGAAUUGGAUUUUAUUCCUGUUACCCUUCAGUACCACCUGAAAUUGAUUAA